GCCCCCAUCACAACGGUAACCUUAUCGCCGCUCUUAAUUCUAAAUCCUCUUUGAAUUCGCCAGUUUUGGACUAAAUUGAUGUUGCAAUUUAUUACUUCCAUCGCUGAUUCCUGAGGUUAUUUCAAGGUGUUUAUGCACGCGAUUCAAUCCAUUCUUCGUCGUCCACUGCGAUCCCAGAGGGAUUCUGAAGCUAAUAGCUAGGAGCAGGAAUUGUGAAACUCUUUAAUAUGAGAAAUUUAUUUUCUCUAAGAUCAUUUAUACCUAGUACAGCUCCUCCUGCACAGAACAAGGAUUCAAAAAAUCCAGCUUAUAGCAAUGUUCGUGAUGCUUCCCAAUCUCCCAUGGAAAUUCUUAAGCCAAGCAACCAGUGCUUGGAUAAUGAGGGUUCCUCAACGCCACAUCUCCAAAGGAGUCUUUCAUUCUCCUCGGCCAUGACUAGGCGUGGUAAAGAUGGAAACUUGAGAUUUUUGAGUGACACCUUCGAUUCACCAACCGACUCUGCGGACACUGCAAACCACAUUUGCAAGUGUCCUAAUCACUGCCAAUUGUCAAGAGAAAAUAGAGGCAGUUUGGCUUCCAUCCAUGAUAUAGGGUUUGAUUCUUCAGGUUCAAGAGAAGAGUUUAUCGCAGGGGAUUCUCUGUGCAGUUCACCUAUUCCAUCAAGACGCAGAGCAGAUCACUCUAGGACUCGAAGCAAAACUGAAUUUGAUGGCUUCGCAGAUGGGGAGUAUCAACUAGGCAAAUCCAGUCAUAGUUACACUAGCUACUCAUCUGGCACUGAAUUUGAUGACUGUUUGGUGGACAAGAAAAUGCUCCCAAGUCUAGGAAAGCCAUCAAGAUUUAGACACCUGAGAUCAUCUUUACUCUCAUGUGAUAAAGAGAACAUGAGAAACCACUCGUUCAGGGAGACAAGUCCCAUUCCUCAUCAUCAUUCUACUCGAGAUUGGACAAAUGAUGAUUUUAAGCUAGCUUCCCCUUCUAGGCAGACCAGGAAUGCUGAGAAACUUUGCCAUGCUUUUUCUGCAAAACUUAAUAAAACACAAUAUUAUGACUCUAGAACAAUUACUUCAAUAGAGGAGCUGCAUGAUGAGAUGUCACAACCAUCCUUGUCUUCAAACUGCUUUUCUGAAUUGCAUGUUCCUGAAACCACUUCCUAUGAGGAUGUAGUGGACUAUUGUGCAGAUGAAUUACUUAAUGUUCAGGGACAGAAAGGUUUACUUGAAGAUGCAAUUACAGAUGCUAGGUUUAUUGACAUGAUUAGUAACAAAACAAAGGAAGACAUCGCGGAUGAGGAAUUACAAAGGAAAGUGAAAGAGUUGGAAGAGAAGUUUAUGCUUCUUUCAGAUGAAACUCCUGAAACACUGAUUUGUCGUGCUAAGAACUCAAACUUAACAGCUGUGCUUCAAAUAAUUCAUAAUAUCAAUGAAGAUAGAAAGUGCCUGACACUUGAGCUUUCAUCACAAAUCAAAUCUAGGCUUUCAGAGAGAUACUCUACAGAAGAAAGAUUUAGACAGUGGAAAACUGAAUUGGGUACUAGAACCCGGCGGCUUGAGAAAGAGAAGACUGACAUACAAUCAAGUCUGGAGAUAGAAUUAGACCAAAGAGAAAAUGACUGGCUGCUGAAGUUUGAAAAUUUUGAGGCUGAAGAGCAGAGGCUAAGAGAUCGUGUUAGAGAACUUGCCGAGCAAAAUGUGUCACUUCAAAGAGAAAUUUCCUUACUCAAGACCAGUGAAGUAGAUGCUCAGAGUAGGAUAAUGAACUCAGAGAAGCAAAUUAACGAAAUGACUGCUAGUUUGGAAGACAUGAGAAUAGGGAAUGCUGACCUUCUGCAGUCCGUGUCUGAGUUGCAGGGCAAACACAGAGGAGCUGAAGAGGAUCUUGAUCAUCUUAGGGGAUGCUACAAGGAAAAGGAGGAGGAGAAUAAGGAGCUUCAUAAAGCAGUUGUAAAGCUGCAAAGAAUAUGUAGUGAACAAGAGCGAACAAUGAGUGGGCUGAGACAAGGACUUAACGAGGAGUUAUGUAAGAAAGCGAUAGAAAAUGGUGAUGAAAUAGAUAGGUUGAAGAUGGAACAAUUGCGGCUAACAGGAAUUGAGCAAAUGUUGCGAAAAGAAAUUGAAUCCUGCAGGCUUGAAAUGAAGUCUAUUAGGCAUGAAAAUAUUUCCCUCUUAGAACGUCUUCAGAUCACUAAUAAUUGUUAUGGCUACUCAUUUUUCAAACUUGACCAAGAACUCCGUUCUCGAGUAGAAUCUUUGCAAAUGCAUGGGCUUUCAUUGCUCGACAAUAGUAGUUGUUUCUUAGGUGAACUGUUAGAAUUUAUAAAAUGCAAGAGGUAUGAUCAAGUAGCUAGCAUGAAUUUUGAGAGAAUUCCAGUUGAUGAUUUCAUUCUGAAGUAUCAUACUUUAAAGAGAGGUAUUGAGAACUUGAGAAGAAACUUACAAGCAACAAUGGUGGCAUUAGAUGACAAGUCCAAUCUCGAAGAAUUACAAAGGCAGACUAAGGAACAAAGUAAAAUGAAACGCUUGAAGAGUCACGUGACAGAGGAUGAAAUGUUGUUAAACAUAAGGGCAGAAGCCAUACUAUCAAGACUACUGAAAGAGAAUCUGUUUUCUCGAGAAUUGGAAUAUGAACAACUACAAGCUGAUUUUGCAAGGUCUAUAAGAGCUCGUGAUGUCCUGCAAAAUGCUAAUCAGAGACUUCAGGAUGAGGUUUCUUGUCUUUCCCACAAGAUGAAGGAUUUGGAGCUUCAGAUACUAAAGAAAGAUGAGACAAUCGCACAGCUGCAUCAGGAGAUUCAGACUUCCAUGACAGACCUAAAUGCUGUUCAAAGCAUGCUCCAAACUGUGUCCACUGAAAAUAACGAAUUGUGGGAGGAAGUGAAGAGGUUGAGAAAGACCAACAUGGUUUUGGAGAAUGAGAUUGUCAGUCUCAGGAAGAAGAUUGAGAGCCUUGAGGAAGACAUACUUCUUAAAGAGGGACAAAUUUGCAUUCUAAAAGACAGCCUGGAAAAACCAUUUGACACCCUCUACACUACAAAAGGAAUGAAAGAAUUCAUCCUCGAAUGAUCUUUAUCCAAGAAUAUUUCUGCUCUAUUUGUAGAUUGUGCGUUCUAAGGUCAACUUCUGUUAUUCUUGACAAGCUGAUCGAAUGCCCUAGUUUCGAUUACCCACUCGGUGAUAUCUCGGCCUGUUAUCUUCUAAACAACAAUUACAACAGCGAUAAUAAAUUAGUGUGUAUCAUUGUAUUAUGUUACUCUUUUUCUUUGCUCUUUGUACUUCAUAUGCUUUCUUGGUCGUGUACAGAGACGACUGACUUCUGAAACGGUCACUGUUGAAAAGGAAACCAUAGAAAGGUACAAAU